GCUGCCCCCUCGCCGCCCCUCCGUCGGCCAGCUGCGUGUCGGUGCCCGGGCUGAUUGCGCGCUGCUGCGAGGCCCCCUGGAUCCAGAGCCUGCCUCUCCCCUUCGCAUCCGCCGCCACGACGCCCUCUCAUCCUGCGCCCGUUGACACCGGAGCAUGGCAGACAUGAGUGCCGAAUCUAUCCAGCAGAAGAUCCAGAUCGCCCGCCGCGAUGCGGAGGCGCUCAAGGACAGGAUAAAACGCAAGAAGGACGAGCUUGCUGACACAACCCUCCGCGAUGUCGCGAAGCAGCGGGUGGAGGCGCUGCCUCGCCUGACGAUGAAGACGAAGCGCACCCUCAAGGGCCAUCUGGCAAAGAUCUAUGCCAUGCACUGGUCCACGGACCGACGACAUCUCGUCUCGGCCUCCCAGGACGGCAAGCUGAUCAUCUGGGACGCAUACACUACCAACAAGGUUCACGCCAUUCCGCUCCGAUCAUCGUGGGUCAUGACCUGCGCAUACUCGCCGUCGGGAAACUACGUGGCGUGCGGCGGCCUGGACAACAUCUGCUCCAUCUACAACCUCUCGGCGCGGGAAGGCCCCACCCGCGUUGCGCGGGAGCUGUCCGGCCACUCGGGAUACCUGAGUUGCUGCCGCUUCAUCAGCGACAAGCGUAUCCUCACCUCAUCGGGCGACAUGACCUGCGUGCUUUGGGACCUGGAAACCGGCUCCAAGGUGCACGAGUUCGCCGACCAUCUGGGAGACGUGAUGAGCUUGAGCAUAAACCCUCUCGACCACAACCAGUUCGUGUCCGGAGCCUGUGAUGCUUUCGCGAAGCUGUGGGACAUCCGCCAGCAGAAGUGUGUCCAGACCUUUGCCGCCCACGACUCUGACAUCAACGCCAUCCAAUUCUUCCCCAACGGCAACGCCUUCGGUACCGGUUCCGACGACGCGUCCUGCCGUCUGUUCGAUAUCCGUGCCGAUCGCGAGCUGCAGGCGUACACUAUCCCCGAGCCUGUCUGCGGCAUCACCUCCGUGGCCUUCUCCGUGUCCGGCCGUCUGCUGUUUGCAGGUUACGAUGACUUCGAGUGCAAGGUCUGGGACGUCCUCCGAGGCGAGCGCGUAGGCACAUUGCAAGGGCACGACAACCGGGUCAGCUGUCUCGGUGUGAGUAAUGACGCACUAAGUCUCUGCACUGGUUCAUGGGACUCCAUGUUGCGCAUCUGGGCAUAAUCCACGCAGCCUCCCGAUCAAAUGCGACAACAUGAGAUGAUGCAGAUCUGAACGAACGAUGGCGUGGGCGAACUUCCUUUAAUUUCUGGCCAAAACUACGACAAAACAUUGCCUGCUUUUCUCACCCCAUACCCACUCGACACCUCACGCGUCUUCCGGCGUAGCUGAGCGGCGCGGCCUCGCUU